AUGUCUUGGAAGCAACAGGGUAAAUACUGGAGCCGGCCACUAGACUGUCACGACAGAUUUUUCCAGGCGGCUGCUGAUAUGGGAAAGCCACUCGGCCGCGAGCAUUACCUGAUUAUGGGGAAUGUGCGACUCGACUUUCCUUCUGACUUUGGCAUGCCAGGCCGACUCCGUGAAGCAUGGAAGGCAUUGCGAUUUCGGCACCCAGACAUUGCACUGGAACUGCACAACGGAGAGAAGAGGUAUUACCCUGUCUCUGAUGAAAGGGCACUAGAUGACUGGUGCAAUUCAACCUGCCGGAUUGAGGAGGACGCACGUUCUGCUGAUGACCUCUUCACCCACAAACUCUGGCUCUCAGAUUCCCAUGCUACCUGUCACUGGAUCCCAGCAAGUAGCCAGCUCGUUCUUGUUUCAGGACACCACCGCUGGGACGGUAUUGGCCAAACCAUGAUGUUGCACGAACUGCUAUCUGAGCUGGAGAGCCCGUCCUCUCUCCCCACCACUUUCGAUGGCGAAGAAGCCAAGAACCUGACUCCUACGUUGAGCGAAGUGUUAGGAGUAUCAACAACAGCUUGGGAAUCGAGCUGGGAGAAACGUGCUGACGAACUUCUUGGGACGUUUCUCGAGGGCCAACCUUCUAUUGGAUUACCUCAAAGGGGCGACUCAAUGGCUCUACCGGGCAACACUUUGCGAGUUGAGCAAGUCGUCUCCGCCGAUAUUACUGCGGCGUUGCGGAAGGCAGCCCGCGAACAAGGAAUCACCAUGACAACAGCUAUGCACGCAUCAGCAAUUGUGGAGACAGCGUGUGCAAACCCUGGUUCGCCGGCUUCACGCUUUACUUCCUUAGCUGUCUUCAGUCUACGCAAGCACUGUCCCGAGCCCUUUGAUGGGAAUUUGCAUGCGCCUUCACUGCGCGUAACAGCACUUCCUAUCAACAUCGACGCGCGGGCCCCUUGGCGUGACAUCACCGGUGUUCUCCAUCCCAUCUAUCACCAGUCAUGGACGGUGGGCGAGAGCGAAAUGCUGUUUGUGCGCAUGCCCUGGAUUGAGAAGCUUACGAUGCUCUUAACGCCAAAUUGUAACGCACCCCCGCCAUCUGAGCCGAACCUUAAUAGCUUGGGAGUAAUCGAGCGAUUUUUAAACCCAUAUUACGGCUCUAUAGCAGUGGAGGAUUUCUCAAUUAUGGGACAAAUGCUUUCACCGCAGUUAUAUGUCCACUGUUGGAGUUGGAAUGGGAAAUUGCAUAUGAGCGCUAGCUUCAAUGAGGCAUACUACACGGCUGAGUACGUCGAUGAAUGGCUAGCAGCCGUGAGGAGAAAUUUGACAAAUAAUCUCGGGGUUACGGAGAAAUAG